GGAAAAGGAGCGAAGCGGCGGAGAAACGCGGAGGGGCGGGGGCGGGGGCGGGUGGACGGACCGAGCGGCCCCGGGACAGACGGCGACGCGCAGGGCUGGGGAGGAUGGCGUCGGGCCGGGCCCGCUCCACGCGGAAGCUGCGCCAGUGGACUGUGGAGCAGGUGGAGAGCGGGCGGUUCCCGGGGCUGGUCUGGGACGACCCCCCCGCCAAGACCAUGUUCCGCAUCCCCUGGAAACACGCCGGCAAGCAGGACUUCCGCCACGACGAGGACGCGGCCUUCUUCAAGGCCUGGGCGGCGUACAAGGGCAAGUACCGGCCGGGCGAGCGGCUGGACCCGGCGGGCUGGAAGACCCGCCUGCGCUGUGCCCUCAACAAGAGCCCCGAGUUCGAGGAGGUGCCCGCGCGCUCCCAGCUGGACGUCGCCGAGCCCUAUAAGGUGUACCGCCUGGUGCCGCCCGCCGAGCAGCGCCCCGCUAAGCUGCCAGCCCGGAGGGUCCCCCGGCAGGUGAAGAAGGAGCACCCCGAAUCCUCCUCGGAGGGGGACGAGGUGGGGAGCACCAGGGGGGCUGCCCAGGCCCCCCUCAGCCUGGAUAUAGUCAGCAUGGUGAGUGUGGGGGUUGGGGGGGCCGGGAGGUAUCUCAGGGGGCUGGGGGGGAGCGGGAUGUGUCUCCAGGAGGCUGGCCCCCCAUCUCAUUCUCUGCCCCCCCAGGAGGUGAUGUCGGGGUCAGAGCCCGUGGCCGGUGCCUCGCACAGUUCAGAUGAUUCCGGCAUCGACACCAGUGAGCGCAGCCCUGACGCCGGGGUCCCAUCCCCAGAUCUGAACGAGAUCGUAAUUAACGUCACACUGGACUCGGGGGCCAUCCUGCCCCCCAUGGAUGACUACUCGGUGCUGCUGUCCCUGUGGUACAGCGGGGAGCUGGUGUGGCAGCAGCGGCUGCCCCAGGGCGAUUUCCUGGUGACCCCCACACCAGCGCCCACGCCCCAUGCCCCCAGCUUUAUGCAGCGGGUGCUGCUGCCCCCCGCCGAGGGGGUGCGGGACCCCCCCAAGCGCCAGGCCACGCAGGAGCUGCUGGGGGCACUGGCCAAGGGGGUGAUGGUGGCCAGUUCCCCCCAGGGGCUCUUCAUCGGGCGCCGCUGCCGGGGCCGGGUGUACUGGAGGGGCUCCGGGGCGCCCCCCGCUGCCCCCAGCAAACUGGAGAGAGAUGACGUCAAGCAGGUCUUCAGUGGGGCAGCGUUCCGCCAAGCGCUGCAGCUGUACCGGCAGGGCCUGGGCGCCCAGCCAGAGCCCCAUGUCACCCUAUGCCUGGGCGAGGAGCUAGGGCAGCAGGACGGCCCCGCGGACAAGCUCAUCAUCAUCCAGAUGGAGCAAGCCUUCGCCCGGAAGCUGCUGGACAUGCCCGAGGUGGAGAUGGCAUCCGUCUGCCUCCUCUCCCUGGAGUCCUCCUGUCUCUACAGCCCAAUGUGAGGGGACCCAAGAUGCUCCAGACCCUGCCACUGCCUUGACUUAGAGGGCCAGGGGUGGGACUUCCUGUCUUGUCCCAUGUGGGACAAGUACUUUCUGGACUUAGAAGUCAUGCCCCCCAACAGGCUUCCUAUUUUGUCCGUUAUAUGGGGAGGGAUUUCCUGGCUUGUGGUACAUGAUGGGGCAGGAUAUCGAGUCUCACCUGUUUUGUUGAGGUGGGACUUCCUCUUUUUGCUCACUGUCCGGGGGAGGGACUUCCUGGGGUUGGAGACCACACUUGAACACACUUCAUGAUUUGGUGCAUUCUCAAGGAAGCAAUUCCUGGAGGUCUGGAACCUGUUGGAGGCUGGCCUUCCUGUCAUGUGCAGUGUGUAAGGAUGGGACUUCCUGUCUUGCCUCUUGUGUAGAGCUGGGAGGGACCACCAGGGAUUUGGAUUGUGUAAGGGUGGGACUUUCUGGUUUGACCAGUGGGUAGGGGGUGGGACAUCCUGUUUUGCACAUUGUUCGGGAGGGAGCUCCUGGCAUUUUGAAUGUGUAGCGGUAGGACUUCCUGUUGUACAGAGGCGGGACAUCCUGUCUUGGUAGUGCCGAAUGCACAAUGCGGUCGCGCCAAAAUGUCCUGUGGUGAAUGUUGUAGAGGCAGGACUUCCUAGUUUUACGUCCCUCUCUCCAUGGAAGAAGGAAGCUUCUUCUCCAGUUUGUAGAAACUUUUACAUGCCAAAGGCCCUCCUGACCUCCGGCAAGAUUGUGUCUGCCCCCCACCCCUUCCAGCCAUAGCUAGGACCUUAAGCUCAGGUCCCUUUGCACUUUAUCCUUAACUGCAAGAAACUUUAUGAAUCGUGUCUGUGUUAUUAAAUAAAGUUUUAUUUGACUUA